UGCCUGGGCUGGGCUUGCAGCCUCUCUCUAGUUGGCUUGGUGGUCUCUGCUCAGCGGCGUAGCUGCGUGUUGCCACCCGCCUUGCCCCUUCUUCCGCAGGGCUCAUCAUUCAUCUCGGCUGGGCUGUGAGGCAGUAGCUGGAUGCAGACGAUGGAGACGGCACUGGCCGUGCCCGGGCUGCCGCCGCACGACCCUAGGACGCCGGCGCUGUCGGUGGUGGACAUGCACACUGGCGGAGAGCCCCUGCGCAUAGUGCGCGCCGGGUGUCCGGAGGUGGCCGGGCCUACACUCCUGGCUAAGCGGCGCUACAUGCGCCAGCACCUCGACUACGUGCGGCGUCGGCUGGUGUUCGAGCCCCGGGGCCACCGGGACAUGUAUGGUGCGGUCCUGGUGCCCAGUGAGCUGCCCGAUGCGCACCUGGGCGUCUUGUUCCUGCACAACGAGGGCUACAGCUCCAUGUGUGGCCACGCGGUGCUGGCGCUGGGCCGCUUCGCUCUCGACUUUGGACUGGUGCCCGCUCCCCCAGCGGGGGUCCGCGAGGCCCGCGUCAACAUCCACUGCCCGUGCGGGCUGGUGGCCGCCUUCGUAGCGUGUGAGGGUGGCCGCAGCUGCGGCCCUGUACGCUUCCAUAGCGUCCCGGCCUUCGUUCUGGCCGCAGACCUUGUAGUGGAUGUUCCUGGACAUGGAAAGGUGGUUGUGGACAUUGCAUAUGGUGGAGCAUUUUAUGCACUGGUUACUGCAGAAAAAUUAGGACUUGAUGUGUGUUCUGCGAAGACCAGGGACCUUGUAGAUGCGGCAAGCACAGUGACAGCAGCGGUGAGAGCUCAGUUUAAAAUCAAUCAUCCUGAGAGUGAAGAUCUUGCCUUUCUCUAUGGAACUAUUUUAACAGAUGGAAACGAUGCCUACAGUGAGGUGCCAACCACCAACAUCUGCGUGUUUGCAGAUGAACAGGUUGACAGAAGCCCCACUGGCUCAGGAGUGACAGCCCGCAUUGCUUUGCAGUAUCACAAAGGCCUUCUGCAAUUGAACCAGACCAGAGCCUUUAAAAGCAGUGCGACUGGCUCAGUGUUCACAGGGAGUGCUGUGAGGGAAGCAAAGUGUGGUGAUUUUAAAGCUGUUGUAGUGGAAGUUUCAGGACGAGCUCAUUACAGUGGUACAGCCAGCCUUACAGUAGAAGAUGAUGACCCACUGAGAGAUGGGUUUCUUCUCAAGUGACCUCUUCUGUGAUUUUCUGCAUUUUCUUUUUAAAGAAAUUAUAAGUGCUAUUUUCUCUGAAUUAUAUGAAAGCCAGUAUCCAAUUACACAUGUAAGCUAAUUUCUAUUCUUUCUAAAACAGUACACCAUUGCUAAAUAGAAGGCAUUAUACUUCAUAUUUGAAAAUUUUUUUUGGUAUAUCACUAAUGUGGCAUACAAAGUGCUUAAAAAUGAGAUUCUAGUCAUUAAUAUAUGAGGUAAAAUUAAAACUUACUUUUAAAUAUGACACUACAGUAAUGACUAUAUUUCUUAAAGAUUCUUUGAUAGUUUCAGUUGUCAUACAACACACAACAAUGAAUUUUCUAAGUUUGCUAUUUUAUUGUUCUAGUUCAAGUAUAUAAAGCCCUCAUAAGAGCAUACUGAGGGGGAAUCAUACAAAGUUCUCAACAUUUGACAUAGUCUGGGAAAGAUCAAAUGGAGUCAGCUUCUCUAAGCAUAUAGCUGCUGUGGUGUACCCUCUUUGUUGCAGAGUCCCCAGCUCCAACAUCUGUUAGCACCCAAGUUGUCAUAAAGUCAUAUGCUGAUUCUGCAAAGACCAAGUAAUAAUCAGAUUUUUGCCAUCUCUUUAAUUGUGUGUGUGGGUGUGUUUGGGAGGUGGGCAGUAUUUUGUUUGUUGCUUAAUUGGUUUUUCUUUUGUUUAUUUGUUUGGUUGGUUCUGAGGAUUGACUCCAGAGCCUCAUGCUAAGUUGAAAUACAGGUGUGAAGUAGAAAUUAACCCAUGCACCAUUACAAUGGAAUGACACUCAUGCUCUGUCAGCUGCAUGCUAGACUUAAAACAUGAAAGAGCUGCUCAUUAUUGGCAUUUUUGCUAGUUAAUCUAGGUGUUAAAAAUAAUUUUUAAAAACUAGAUGUGGUUGUACAUGCCUGUAAUCCCAGCACUUGGGAGAUAGAGGCAAAAGGACUGUGAGUUUGAGGCCAGCCUGGAUUAUAUAUUGAGAACUUGUCUCAAAAGAAAAGAAAGAAAAAAUUGGUCAUAUCAGUUAUCAAAAAUGGAACCAUUAUCAUGUGGUUCCCUCAGAAAAUGCAGUAAAUUCUUUUGUGAGGUAAUAGUAUUUUAUUUGAAUAUGCCAAAUACUGAAUUAAUGUUAACUGACUUUAUCACUCAGAAAGUCUAUACUGAUCCAUUUAUUGGGUCUAUAAUUACCUAACCAAAAGAAAAACUAUAAAGUUAGUAUUUUUAUUCCCAGUUACAAAAAAAGUUCAGGUUUUGUGGUAAAAUUAUCACUUAUUUCAAAGAAAACUCACUGUGACCAAAUAUUUUUCUGAAGAUUUGAUUUGCUGUAUAUUUUAAAAGUAGAAUCACUAUUUUGUAUCUUGAUAUCGUCUAUCAUUAAUUAGAACAAAUAUAUCGUCUAAAAGUUAUACUUUAUAAUGUGCCAUAUACACAUCUUCUACUUUAAAGCACACACUGCAGUAUCCCUUGGCUACCAAGGAGAGUUUUGUCAGUGACCCAGUUAAGAGUGGUCAGUUCUUGGUGAUAAUAGUUGACUUUCAGUUGGUUCCCUCUUGUUUAAGAAUUGUCUACAGAUGGUAUAUUCUCUAAUUCCUACUUCAGGGUAGACGCUCUGUACCUCACCUACAGGAUGCCCACUGCAUUUAUCCCACUUACAUAAGGGAGGGAGAUGCCAGAUAGGUUAAAUAACUCUCCCAUAGUCAUUCCAGAGGCAGUGCCACUCCAACCCUUGUUUUCCUAGUACAUCUCACCUCUAUGACUGGACAGUCAGAACUUCAAGUUCCAGAUACAGUACUUUAAUAAAGUCCUAUUUCUUAUUUUAA